AUGGCGACAUCACAGAACAUGAACCCUUGUGAGCCGUUGGCCGUAAUAGCAAACGGGGCCGGGCCGGUCACGAGGGCGGAGCCGGUAGACAACGGAGAGCGUGCAGCUGUAGAGUCUCUUUGUUUGGCGUGGCCUCAUAGAUCAAUGAGAACCCAAGUAGAUGGUAGCAAGCGGCACUCCAUUGACAGCAGUGCGGUAGCUCAAUGCUCUUACGGAGAGGGAGGUGUACAGAGACUAGAUCAUGCCAUCCUAAUCUGGCAGGAUAUUGACGAUAGAGGUAAACGUGGGAACGGUAUCGGUCUCUUGGUAAAUAGCAUGAGUAAUGAGGUUGACAAUGGAUGA